CGAAACAUCCGAUGCACACGCAGAACCGAUAAUACACCGUUCGCAGUACAAAAAUAACGGCUCGUGCAGCGGAAUUAACAACUAAUCAGGUCACCGGCGAGUGAAAACAAGCGUAUCGUUUCCGGUAAACAUCCUGUGCCACCCUCCGUGUAAUAUGUUCCGAAUGCUGAGUGCGCUGGUGAGGUCCCACUUUAAGCUGCUGGCCGCGGUCUGGCUGGUGUCGGUGCUGGCCGGCCUGGCCCCGGUCUGUCCGGUCGGUGCGGAAAAGGAAAUACCGCUGACAAAGUUUAGCCAGGAUGUGGGCGGUUACGGGGCCACCAUGUCGUUCCUCUACUGCUAUUCGUGCGGGUACCGCAAAGCGUUCGAUGACUACUACAACAUCAUCCGCGAGAAGUAUCCGGAAAUCACGAUCCGCGGGGCCAACUACGACCCGUCCGGGUUCAACAUGGUGCUGUCGAAGGUGCUGCUCGUUACGAAGCUGCUGCUAAUUGUGGCCCUUAUGUCCAACUACGAUCUGGGCCGGUUCAUUGGCAAUCCGUUCGCCGGCUGGUGGCGCUGGUGUUACAACAACAAGCUGUACGCGUCCAUGAUGAUCUUCUUCCUGGGCAACACGCUCGAGGCACAGCUCAUCUCGUCCGGUGCGUUCGAGAUUACGCUCAACGAUGUGCCGGUUUGGUCGAAGCUGGAGACGGGCCGGUUUCCGGCUCCACAGGAAAUGUUCCAGAUCAUCGACAAUCACCUGCUGUUCGCCAACAAAAUCGAACCGAAGCCAGACUUUGUGAAGUAAGGCGCCGUGCGCGCCGCGGAAGCGCGCCUAGACUCCGCCGUGGCCACCUUCGUGGGGGAUGCUGUUUUCUAUGUAUUAUCAUUUGUUCUGGCCAGUGGCCGAUUCGGGCCCGCGGUUUAUUGUUUUAUUACGUUUAACGCGAACCAGUUUCCGAGCGUCACCGUCUUGUGGCCGCCAGUGAGGAGAGUGAUCGGGGAUGUUGUUUAUUUUGUGUUUCUUUAUUCUUUCCUAUCACAAUACUCUCAGUGUGUGUGUUUGUCGGUCCACAAAGUGAGUAAAACCCUACGUCACCCGGGCGUUCGCUGGCUGUGGGGGGAAAUGGACCGUAAUCUACUGCAGUGCAGACUGCACUAGGCUAGUCUUAUGGCAAUCUAUUCGUGGGCAUUACACCGCGCGCGUGUGUGUGUGUGUAUGGUGGAAGCUAUGUUGUGUGGUUCGGUGCUGUGGUUGGAUUGAAUAAAAUAAAUUAA